CCACUUCUUCUCUCUCUCUCUCUCUCUCCCCCCACACACACAUUCGCCUACAAAAAUGGCAAGUUUUCUCAAUCUUUUUCACGAUUUCUUCUUCGUCCUCCCUAGCCGCAGGCUCUUUUUCAAUACCGUGUUGGUUCUUCUUUAAAAUCUGGAAAAGAUCCGUUCUUGGACUUUAACGCCCAAUUUCAACAAUACUUGUUUUCUUCGUUGCAGAAGGAACAAGAAAACUCCAUUAAACCCCGCCUUCCAUUCCUCUAGCAGAAAGAGUCACAGAGACUCUAAUUUCUGGUGUUCAGGGGUUUUCAAUUAAGAGUCUUAAUUCUGGCGUCUACCUCAUUCUUUAUGGUGAAUCAGGCAGAACCUUGAACUAGAGGCUUCAAGUCCUGUGACUGAAUCUUGAAUCUCAAUGGGGGAAGCUCCCGCUCUUGUUGCAGAUAAUGGGGUUGGAGAUCUUCACAGUGGGGUUGAUUUGAAGUUUAAGGGAAACCAAACAGCCAUUGAUGUUGGCAACAAAACAUAUUUGAUUGGUGCUGGGGCUGAUCAUGAACCUGUACAGUCAAUCGAACUUCAGAUUUAUGAAAAAUCCAGUGGAAAAUGGAUAAACCCUGCUGUGCUGGGAACAACCCCCAAGGCAUCUAAGGGCUUCUCUGCUUUGCUUUUAAAUGCUGAAAGGAUAUUGGUUAUUAAGAAGAACUCAACCCUGUCUGACUGCUUUUGGUUUCUUGAGGUGAAUACCCCUUUUGUUAGAGAACAAGAGAAGAAUUUGGGAACGAAAGUGGUUGCCUGGAGCAAAGGAGUUAUAGGUGACGCUGUGAAGCCGAUCGUUAUCAGUGGCCCUUCUGGAGUGGGGAAAGGAACAUUGAUUUCCAAACUAAUGGAAGAAUUUCCUUCCAAGUUUGGAUUUUCUGUAAGCCAUACCACCAGGGCUCCCAGGGUGAAGGAACAAGACGGUGUUCAUUACCAUUUUACGGACCGAUGCACCAUGGAGAAAGAAAUAAGGGAUGGGAAGUUUCUUGAGUUUGCCACUGUCCAUGGAAAUCUAUAUGGAACUAGUGUAGAUGCUGUUGAAGUUGUUGCUGAUUCUGGAAAGAGAUGCAUACUUGACAUUGAUGUUCAAGGAGCAAAGUCUGUGAGGGCUAAAGAGCAGAUCCAAAAGCGUCUCCGAAAUGCUAGGGAAGAGCUUGAGAAGGGGAAAUCCCCCGGCCUCUUUGAUCACAUAUUGGUCAAUGAUGACCUUGAGAUUUGCUACAAGUCUCUCAAGGCUAUAUUGAGACUCAGUGACGGUCUCAAGAACGGCCAUAAAACACCUCCAAAAUUAGCUGCUGACUCGCACGUGGUAAGUUGCGUGUCAAUUGUUGAUCCAAAGAAGAUACAUAUAAACUGUGGUUCCGGAGAACAAGAAAACACCUUCAACAAAAGAUUUCUUCUGGACUUGUCUUCGCUUAAGGGCGGGGCCCCUGGACGGACGAGAGGAUUGAACCUGCAUGCCGUUGACUCUUCUACAGAUGUUAAAACAACUUUAGCCACAAGCUAACAUUUGGGAGAGAAAUCUGAACAAACUUUGAGUGAGUUUUAUAAUUUAAUUUGCAGUCUGUCUAUUGCUACUUUUUUUUUCCUUUUCUGUAACCAUAAUCAGUUUGAGCACUCACUAGAGAAAGAAAAAAGAGAGGGUUUCCUAUUAGUCUGAUUGUAACAAAAGCAUAUUUUAGGGACAUGAAAGAAUGUGUUUUUUUGAUGCUUUCUAAAGGCCAUUGAAUAUUUUCACCCACUGUUUUUGGAGUAUUAU